AUGAAUCAAACCAAUGAUACUAAUAUCAAAUGCCCAAAUUCAGAACAUGUCAAUAAUGUAAAAAUAGUAUGUUUUAAUGAAUCUUGUAAAGCAGAUAGAUUAUAAUGCAUUUAAUGUAUAUAAAAUGGAAUUCAUGUUUCUCAUCUUUAACAUUAAUAAGAUUUACCAUUUUUGUUUGAACAUAUUUCAGAUAUUGAAAAACAUUGUGAAGACUUAAUUAUAGAUUUGAAUAAAUAAAUAGAUAUGGCUUAUUAAUAAUUCUAUUUAUUGAUUGGAAGAAUUAGAUCAAAAUAUCAGAAAUCUAGACAAUAAUUCCUUAACUUAGAUUCUAAAUAAAUGAAUUCUUUCUUUGCAGAAAGUAUUAAAUUCAAAUCAUUUGAAUAAACAAACUUAAUAUUAAUCAAAUAAUCAAUAAAAGAUUUUCAAGAUUCAAUUGUAAAAUUAUUAUCUGAUUUAAAAUUAUCUGAAUUAAAUUAUUAUCAAAUAUCUAAUUAAGAUAUUAAUUAAUCAGAAGAAUUAUAUAAAAAAGGUAAUAAAUCUAUUAAAUUAGGUUAUAAACUAUAUUGGGAUGAUAAAAAUUUUAAAGAGGCAAUUAAAAUAUUUGAUUAAUCAUUAAUUUUUAACCCAAAAAAUUGUAAUUCAUUAUGGUGUAAAGGUAUGAUUAUUAUUUAAUGUGUUAGCGGACAGUUUAAGGAUGCUUGGUUAAUACAAUGAAGCAAUUGCUUGGGCCGAUAAAGAAUUGUAAGUAGAUCCAAAACAUUGUAGCUCAUUAUAUUGUAAAGGUAUGAUUAUUAUUUAAUGUGUUAGCUGCGAGCUUAAAUAUGCUUGGUUAAUACAAUGAAGCAAUUGUUUGGGCCGAUAAAGCAUUGUAAGUAGAUCCAAAACAUUGUAGCUUAUUAUAUUGUAAAGGUAUGAUUAUUAUUUAAUGUGUUAGCUGCGAGCUUAAGGAUGCUUGAUUAAAACAAUGAAGCAAUUGUUUGGGCAGAUAAAGCAUUGUAAGUAGAUCCAAAACAUUGUAGUUCAUUAUUUACCAAAAGUACUAAUUAUUUUGAUUUGAAGGUAAUUCAUUAAGAUUAUUGAAAAUGUUUAAAUAAUCUAUGGAAGUGAUUGAGUAAUCACUAAAAAUUAAUCCAAAUCACUUUGAUUCAUUGUGGGCAAAAGGUGUAAGUAUCUUUUUAAUUUAUAGGUAAAUGUUUACAAGAUUAGAAUUAAUAUUAAGAAGCUUUAUUAUUUUAUGAAAAAGCAUUAAUGAUCAAUCCAAAAAAUUAAUGGAUUAGAGACAGAAAAGGUAUUAUCUAUAUAAAAUAUUUAGAUGAAUGUUUAAAAGCUAUAAAUUAAAAAUGA